AUGGCUCCGGAUUCCAUGAUGGUUAAUGUCAGUCAGACGGAAGAGCACGAUGUGACCGCAACUUUGAAGACGACUUCCAGCCGGGAGCAGAAACGGACAGCCCGUAACCUGGAGGGGAUGCUGUCUUCCGCAAUGCAAGCUGCCAGUUUGGGUGAGAACUCGUAAGUCUAGUGGAAGUUGCCUUCUAUACGCAGUACGUCACGGUAGGAUAGGGGGAGGGGUGAAAAAUGAUCAGGAACAAACAGUUGCAAAAGCGGGGAAAGAGGGCUACGGGGUUUUCUGGACGUGCUGAGCGGGAGUGAGGGAUUAUGGUCCAAUUUCGAGGUCAGCGGAAGGGUGUCAUUAGGAAGUUUUUGAGUUCCCUGGCUGUAACGCGAUGCGGUGGGAUGCUAUUAGGAAUACGCGAAGCUCGGCUUGGGCCAGGAUAGCAGGGUAUGUGCCUGUCCAGAUUUCAUAAUCAGUAAUCGAAAACUUGCGUUUGCCGAACCUGACUUCUGCAGUGACUUCUGGUUGUUUGUAGGUUUUGUUGGGAGCCAAGAGAACUGAUCGAUCAGCAGAUUCUGAUGCCAAUUGGAGGGCAAUUUGAGAGGGACAGAUGUCUAAUAUGGUGACAUAAGACUGCUAAAUGGUUGAACCGUUGGAUGACCACCGGACAAGCCGUUCCGACUCAGCUUGUACUUGGGUGUUUUACUAACGGUAAACUAAUCCAAAGAAAACUGAGUUGGGAAGUUUGUGGCGGUCAAGGAUGUGAGGUCAACUUAAACCAUGCACAAUAAGUUCGUUUCGUCUAAUGUCAGAAGUCAGGGAGCUGUGAGGACUAGUUUAUUCUGUACAAAGGGCAGGUUGCUGUAAGUUGGCUGGUUGCUUGCAGCAGAGAUAAGCGUCCGUUCACGGAGAGCGUUAGUCGCGGUGUGUAGUUUACACGGGGGUGAAUGUCUUUGUCAGUAGGUCGGGGUGAGUGGGUGAGUGCUGGUCAUGAGAUUGGACGGAUUAGGGGGACGCAUAAUCACAGGGGCUCACGGGUAUCAAGCCAGGUCGUCCGACGCGCGUGAGGUGAUAAUAGUUUGUGAGGGCUGUCGGGAGUCACUGCAGCUGGACAGGAGGGGCCCCAGUUCUAGCCGGCGGGGGUGGUCGUGUGUCAGCGGCCUGUCAAUGAUUGUCGCAGCCAUCGACCGACAAAGCGGAGCUGGAGAAAAGGGGGACUGGAGCGGUUGCUACAAGUUUCCCAACUCUCCCAGUGAGCAAACAACUGUCUUCGCCAAAUUUCAUUGCAUUAUUUUAAACGCUACGAUUGCUUGUUUACUCUGUCAUGGUUGUCCCGACAGCCACAAUUCCGCGGGAUGAACUACUGUUGUACCGAGAUUUCGGAGUUUGGCCCGCCUUUUCAAGGAGAAUGAUUAUGGAAUAGUUGUACCAAAUUUGCAAUCACUGACCGAAGUCACUGUAAUGAAUCGACAUAGCAAAUCGUUUCGUUCACGCAUUCUAGUUAUCCAAAAGUGUUAUGUGCAAAGAAUAGACCAAAGCAUAGCCACAGAGAAGCUGCCGAGUGAAAAACCAACAUAUGCAUUUGAGUUUAUCUAAAAUUGUUUAAAGGUCAAAAUAUAUUUAAAACACGGAUAGACAGCAGAAUUUAGUGAUAUGACAAAAAUUUCGCGACAGUUUAUCGACCACAACCCGUCGCUGCAUAAAACAGAUAACAAAUAAAAAGCAUACAGGAAUUUGAGUUUACACAGGAAAUAAAUGCAAAACAGCAAGGUCACUGUUUAGUGCAAACAGACUAAUCAUUAAAAUCGGUGACUUGAAAACGAAAUUUAGGAGAGAAAAAGGGGUAAGUUAACAUGCAGCAGGGGCGCUUAACUGGAGAAACCGGGGGACUGCCUGGGCAAGCUGAGGUCGAGCAUGCGGUCUAGCUGUUUGCAUAGGUCGCCUUUCUUCCACCGUAUGUAGGCUGCUUCCAAACAGUGCCGUGUUCGAGUUAUUUGUGCUCGAACAAGUAUUCGAGGGAUGUUUUGGGGUCAUUGGAGUGGCCGCCAUCUGGGAGGCGUUUCGUGAUAAAAAGCCAUCUAGGCAGGUGUUCAACCGACCUGGCUGCCAUUUGCCUUUGCGUUCGUCCACUGUACUUGCAUUCUCAGGUGCACAGGAAUUCAUAAAUGCGGUUUGUGGUGUGCAAUGGCAAGGCAUCCUCGCCCGUAGGAAUGGAAUGAAUUUAGUAGGAUUGCAUUGUAUGUCCUUUCAAUGAUGUAUUUCAGUCGUCGCUUGGUGUUAUUUAAAAUGUUACCACUUUUAAAGAGUAACUAUACUACGGUCGGAUGCAGUUAUGUAGCCCCACCUGAAGUAAAAAAAACCGCAGUCACCUCUAAUACGGGACCAGUAGUAAUAGGGGUUUUUACAGGUGGGGACGGAAAACGCGCAGGCGACGAGGUCAAGUAGUUGUAUGCAAAAGAAUAGCUAUUGGGAAUGCGCGGUUGUACUUUGAAGGGUUGAGAAAUAGCUUCGCUAACCCCUAACCAUAACUCCUAGCAAUAACCCAUAACCCUAAUCCUUAACCCCAACAUCAACAAGAUUGUGUCCAUCAGGUGGGGCUACCAAACCACAUCGUACCGAUAUUACAACGGACUUUGUCGGAACUGACUGUUUCGUCAAUUUUGGUCGUAAGGGUUUGCUGCACUUUUGGAUGAAAUGUGCUGGAUAGCCACGUUUGAGCAAGGUUACUUUGAGGCAGGCAAUUUUUUCAUCUAGUGUCCCAAUCAAUCGAACCUUUCUCGCUCUUUGGAAGAGAAUGUACACUAGAUUUCGCCCCUAUUUUACUGUUAUGAAUCUCAGGAAAUGCGAGUAUCGACCCUUCCAUGCAUUCUUAUAGAAAACUGACCUUCAUAUUGAACCAUCUUUCUGUCUAAACAUGAAGAGGUCCAGAAAAGGUACCUUGUUGCACUUCUCCCCUCUUAUUGUGAAUUUUAUCUUCUGGUGGACAAUAUUUACAGCAAUAAGCAGGUCUUCGGCUUCUUCGUUGUUAUCAACAAUGGCGAACCUAUCAUCCACGUAUUUUCUGUACAGUGUUUUCAUGUUUAAUGUCGACGAAACCUUCUAUUCUAGGUGGCCCACAAAAAUGUCGGCAAAGGUUGGACCCAGCGAACUUCGCAUUGCUACUCCGUUAAUUUCCCUAGAAAGUUGUCCAUAAUGGAGGGGGUGAACAUUUUAUUACACAUAAUUUCAACAAGUCACGUAGUAUUUCGGUUGACAGACGGGUUCCAGACGCUUGGGCGCACAUGACAUCUAUUGACUAAUCAAGUGGUACAUUUGUAAAUAAUGGUUUUAGGAUAUGAUGCAUGAUGAUGAUGAUAAAUGUAUAACUGUCCUUAAACAUGUGAAUCGAAAACUAAUGUCUAGUUGGUUCUAAUUCCUUGAUAACCCAUUGUGCUAGUCUUUGGUGGAGUGAAUUAAACACAGACAGAAUUCGUCAUAUACGUAUGCCCUUUUUACGCGUUUUUGUCAAUCCAUAUAUUCUGGAAAUAUGUGUACCCCCGGUUUUAUCGAAAACGCGAUUUUAGUAUCAAUCAGAUUUUUGUACAGCAAAUGUUUAACUUUUUCCUGGCGGAGUCUUUUAAUGUCUUGGCCUCAUCUUUCCCAGGCGUUUUAAGAUGAAGUUUGUUAAGAUCAUUUAAAAUAGAUUCCAUUUUUGUAGCAUUGUUCCUCCGAUUAAGAAUGACAACUUCAUGGCCUUCGACAGCCUUGGGAAUUACUGGUUGUUCGUAAGGUUUCAGUGCAGAUAGGGCAGCCAUGUGUUCUUUAAUUAUUGGAAUUGAUUGCAAUGCUGAAGCUCUACGAUACUGGUGACAAAUGUCCACUAUUUUAGCCUUCGGCCAACCUACCUUGUCGGUGGAUUUCGAUAUUAGUCAGAUAACUGAGAACUCAAGUCUUCAAAUGGGGCCUCAAUUGCAACUGGGUUUAUUCUUCUGCUUGGCACACAACGGUCAAGUCUUCAUGAUAAAGUCUCUGCUUGCAGCUUAUAAAGUGGGAUGUCAGAAAUAUCAAGAAUAAGUUCAUCUGCGCUCAGAGGAAAAUUAUCCUCCACAGGCUUCCUGCUUACUGACUUCACUAAUUCGAUGCAAACUGACUCUCUUGUCUUAUUUGUACGAUACAUUCGUGUUUCAUGAACAUUAGCCGAUAAAAUAAACUUUUCUCAUCCAGAACAUGUCUCGCCUGACCCAAGCGAGAUUUGUUGCAGCUGACGGUCUCAACUGAGUCCCCUAUUUUGAUUGUACAAGACGGUGGGGAUUUCCAGAUGCUGAACGUAAUUUCUCUCGACGUAGGUUCUUGUAAAACUCAGCUGGAAAUUCCUUACUGCUUAUGCGAUUUUGCAGAAAUUAAAUGCGCGUAUUUUCUUCUGUUUUGUUGCAUCAUGACUGGAAAGGUCUUUUUAGAGACUGAAUUAAGUCCGAGGGAGGCGCUGCUUGUGAAACUGAGGCAUUUUCCCCUUGAUACGAAUUUCAAACAGGCAUAUACAGCAUAAUUUAGGGGACCGAUAAAUUUAUCGACAGGUUAUCAACUGUAAUCCGUCGUUGCAGAACAUAUAUAACGAAUAAAAGGCAUACAGUAAUUUGAAUUAACACAGAAAAUCAGUGCAAAGCCGUAAGUUUAUUGUUUGGUACACACAGACUAAUAAAUGAAAAUGGCAACUUAAAAACGCAAUUCGGGAGAGAUAAAAGGCGAUAAUGGGUGUGUAAGUCGAAAAACUGGGCAUUACCAGGGCAAGGUGAGGUUAGCCACGUGCUGCCCCUGGGUAAUCUUUCGGCGUUAUGGUGGUUAUAACUUCCGAGACCGCAACAUUGACAUCACAGUUGAUAAAUGUUCAACUAUUUUUCAACCAAAGGAAAGCGGGUUCACUUGCCUUCUGUUUCUUACUUUUUCUGAUGGCCACGACCGUUACUGAUUCAGCCGACAUCAAGGACGUCUCUAUUAUGGCGUUUUUGCAGCUAAUCCUGCCAGACUCCUUGAAGAAGAACUUAUGUCGGAUAUUCAGGCAGAAGGCUAUGACAAAGAAGUCACUAAGGGGGUAAUCAUAAACUAGAGUAACUUUUGUGAAACAUUGCUAUUAGCAAUUGUUAUUGUCAAGCGGCGAAGGGCAGGUUCAGUAAAAACCUUUAAUUGUAAUGACUGGAUUUCACAUCGGGGGUCUUGGCUUACUUCACUCGAACUAGGAAGGUGAUGACAUGGAACUCAAACGGAUAUAGUAGAGUUGUCUUAGUGGUCGUUUCCCGACUGAAUUCCUGUUUUUCCUGUGUAAAAUUCAGGUGCUAUGGUUGUCGUAGGUGUUUCAGAGGCUGUGACAGUGACAUCACGGUUAAUGUACGCUGUGUCUUGCAUGAAGGUGUCCAUGUGUCAUGGGGUCGGUCAUUUGAAAUCGCACACAUAUCAACUGCCGCUAGAAUCAAAACAGUCGUCCUUUAUGGUGGCGUGUACAGCUUUUCCUAUCUUUGAAUUCCGUCUGUGUGAAAACUGUCCCAAGUCGUGCCUCAUUUGGCAUCUGAACACGGUAUUUUUUGCCAGAAGUUCGCUCUGCAGCACGCGUCACCAACGCCAGUGUUCCCCAUGUAUCUUUAAUUCGCCCUAUUUUCCAAAUACAACAAAAAGUACUCAUGUUCUUUCAUCGACAAAAUCCUUUUCUGUCCAAAGUCCUGAACGCUGGUUUCCAAAAUCCUAAAUGUUAGCUAAAUCUCAGAAGCCUGUACCGAAACUGGACACGCGUAAAUUUCUAUUUGUGUUUUUUCGCUACUCUGUAGACUGGAUCAAGACGUCGAAGCUCUUGACUGUGACUACCUGUGCAGGCCGCUGAAGAGUCGUCCGCGGUCGGGGGACCUGCUGUCCGAUAGGUGGGAUGAAAAGGCUGCCUCCCGUACAACGCAGCUCACUGAUCUCUCUACUCCCUUGACGGAGGUGACAACCCUGAACUGUGAGGUCUCCGAGAGCUCGCCUCUGGCAGAUGAAGCACCGGGUUGCGCUGAGGCUUCACGUGAAACGGUACUGGAGCCCGGUGCUGAGAACUACGAGGAUGACUUUGUUGGAGAAAAGAAUAGGGGGUGA